CCUGUUCAGGAGUCUUAUGGCCUGGGGCUAAAAACUGUUGAGAAGCCUUUUUGUCCUAGACUUGGCACUGAAUAGAAAAGGGUGAACAAUGGAAAAGGGUGUAGCUAGUUCUAUUCUAUUGUAUUAUUGUAUUCGGUGUUACUGAAAAUAACAAGUUUUCCCUCCGCAUGCCUUCAUGCUCCUCCACACCACUGAUGUCAACAAUGUGGAGCUGUCAGUGUUGAGGCGCGUUGUAGCUUCAAGGGUGUGCGCGGUCUCGACACAGCAGGAAAUAUGGCGGCGCUCAUGACUCUCACCCAGUUAUCGAGUGGAAACCCAGUUUACGAAGUCUACUACAGACAGGUGGAUCUGGGAGACACUGGGACAGUAGGAGCUGCAGAUGCUGCUCAGUUCCUGAAGAAAUCAGGCCUAUCAGACAGUACCUUAGGAAAAAUCUGGGAUUUGGCCGAUCCAGAAAGGAAGGGCUUCUUGGACAAACGGGGUUUCUUUGUAGCGUUGAGGUUGGUGGCUUCAGCUCAGGGUGGCAACGACAUCAGUCUCAACAACCUCAACCAGACUCUAGCAGCACCCAAGUUUAGAGACACAAAUACUCCGUUGCUCAGCACACCGCUGAGUACAUCUUCAUCUGAUUCCCACUGGGCUGUAAGGUCUGAUGAGAAAAGGAAGUUUGAUGGCAUCUUUGAAAGUCUUCUACCAGUCAAUGGUCUUUUGUCUGGAGACCAAGUCAAACCUGUCCUGAUCAACUCCAAACUACCCCUGGAUGUGUUAGGAAGGAUUUGGGACCUCGGUGACGUGGAUAAAGAUGGACACUUGGACAGAGAGGAGUUUUCAGUGGCCAUGCACCUGGUGUACAGGGCUAUGGAGAAGGAGCCUGUCCCUUCUGUCCUGCCCUCUUCCCUCAUCCCUCCAUCCAAGAGGAAGAAGUCUGCGGGGGCUCUGCCUGGCGCCGUCUCCGUCCUGCCUCCCUUGUCUGCCCUCUCAGGCCUGUCUGGUUUGUCUCGGACAGCCAGCUCUCCUCCCCUGCCCGGCGCUGUAGCGGCUCUGUCUGGUCUGUCUCGGACAACAAACUCUCCUCCUCUCAAAGACACCCUACACUCCACCCCAUCUCACGGAAGCAUCACCUCCAUCAACAGCACUGGCAGUCUCUCUCCUAAACACUCGUUCAAAGCCCCCUCACAGUCACCUGCAGUAGUGAACUGGGUGGUCCCGGUGGCAGACAGAGGACGUUAUAAUGACAUCUUCCUGAAGACAGACACAGACAUGGACGGUCUUGUCACCGGAGGGGAAGUCAUGGAGAUCUUCAUGCUAUCCAGCCUUUCUAAGACCAUGCUGGCACAGAUCUGGGGUCUGGCUGACACCAAGCAGACAGGGAAGCUGUCCAGAGAGCAGUUCUCUUUGGCUAUGUGGCUGAUCCAGCAGAAAGUCACCAAGGGAUUGGACCCUCCGCAGAUCCUCACAACUGAAAUGAUCCCCCCCUCUGAGAGGACCACCUCCUCUGUUCCUGACAGCAGCAGUUCUACAGAGUCAGCUGACCUGACAGGCAUCAAAGAGCUGGAUGGCAUCAGUCAGGAAAUCGCCCAGCUGCAGAGAGAGAAGUACACUCUGGAGCAGGACAUCAGGGACAAAGAGGAAGCCAUCAGACAGAAGAACAGGGAAAUUCAGGAGAUGCAGGGGGACCUGGACCAGGAGAGUGGUGGUCUGCAGGACCUGGAAGCCCAGAAGCAGGAUGCUCAGCAGCAGCUGGAGGAGAUGGACCAGCAGAGAAACAAGCUGGAGGGCAUGCUGAAAGACGUCCAACUGAAGUGUCAGGAUCAGUCCACGCUGAUCUCAUCCUUACAGACCCAGAUCCACAGCCAGGAGUCUGACCUGCAGAGUCAGGAGAAUGAGCUGAGCCGUACCAAGUCUGACCUGAACAAACUGCAGUUGGAGGAGAAGCAACUAGAGCAGAACCUACUGGCCGGACGCAUGCAGCUAGACUCCAUCAUCAAGUCACUGAAGGCCACCCAGGAUGAGAUCAACCAGGCUCGUAGUAAGCUUUCUCAGAUCCAGGACAGUCAACAGGAGGUGACUAAGACUAUAGAGCAAUACAACAACGCUCUGAACGGAACCCACAGCCAGACUCAUGCUGGCAGCAUGACCAACCUGGCAGACAUGAGCGAAGUAGGAUUCUCAGAGAGGGAGAACGGAGAAUUUGGAGCCAGGGAGGACUCUUUCAAAUCGAGGAUAGCCAUGUUCAGCAGCAACAAAUCAACACCAGAACCUCUUCCUGCCGCAGACCCCUUCCAGACAGAGGACCCCUUCAAAGCAGAUCCCUUCAACGAUCCAUUUGAAGCAGAUGAUCCCUUCAAAGAGAGUGAUCCAUUCAAGGGUGCUUCCUCAGACUUCUUCAAAAAAACAACCGAUCUGUUUGCCUCAGCAGAUCCCUUCAGUAGAAAACCUACUCCCCCCAUCAAGCCUGGUGGCUGUCUGUCUGGUAGCAGGAAUCUCUUAACCUCCCACAGCCCCCGGCCCAGCCCCAAGCCUACAGAUGGCUUCAGAACAGUGGACCCUUUCGGUGGCAACACUUUUGGAGGAAAGAGUGAAUUUGCAGACUUCAGUGAAAUGUCUAAAAAGAAACCAAUCAACCCUGUGCUACCACCUAAGAACACACCUAACAGGCCUGCGCCUCCUUAUGGACUGGAAAGUGUCACGUCAGGAAGUGAGUCAGAGCAGCUGGCGUGGGCGAAGAGGAAGACUCCGCCCACAGGAACAGGAGAGACUGAGGAGACUCCGCCCACAAGAACAGAAGGACCCGGACCUGGCCAUCGCCCUCAGCAAGGAUGAAAACUAAAAACCCUAUUAGACUCACGACAAUAACCACAGUCCUGUUAGACACUCACAACAACACACACCUCCUGACCACAGUCCUGUUACAAGCUGAAUGAAACAAUGCAACUGACUGAUAUCAUACAGUACAGCACAACAUACAGCUUCACCACGAGCAACAGUUCCUCAACAGCCCAAAUACUACCGUCUGACUAGAGCCUGAGGACAGUGUGUCUUCAGACUAGACUACAACGCUUGUACACCCCCAAUGUAAACCAGAGUACACCCUAACGACAACUACAUCUUCACCCUGACAACAGCCUCCCGCUUCGGCUCUGUGACGUUCUGACAACAUCCCCUCUAGACUGUGGCCCAAUCAUCUCCUAAACCCUGUGCCCAAAUCGGCCCCUAAACCCUGUGCCCAAAUCGGCCCCUAAACCCUGUGCCCAAAUCGGCCCCUAAACCCUGUGCCCAAAUCGGCCCCUAAACCCUGUGCCCAAAUCGGCCCCUAAACCCUGUGCCCAAAUCGGCCCCUAAACCCUGUGCCCGAAUCGGCCCCUAAACCCUGUGCCCGAAUCGGCCCCUAAACCCUGUGCUCAAAUCGGCCCCUAAACCCUGUGCCCGAAUCGGCCCCUAAACCCUGUGCCCAAAUCGGCACCUGUGCCCGAAUCGGCCCCUAAACCCUAUGCCCGAAUCGGCCCCUAAACCCUGUGCCCGAAUCGGCCCCUAAACCCUGUGCUAAUCUGAGAGGAUUUGACAGGUGUAAGUAAUCUGGCAAUAGCUGCAGCGUGCUCUCUGAUAGGCUAGGUGGAAGUUUCACUAUACUGCUUAUACCGAUCAAAUCCUCUCCGAUCUCUACAAGUGCAUAUGGUGUAGGGUUUAGGGGUUGAUUUGGGAUUGGGCCUAGGACUUGAGGAUGGGAUGGCAGCCCCUCUACCGAUACAGCUCCACUGAAGCCGGACUUUAUCAACACUAACCUACCAAAGCCUCUCUUUAAAACCUCUUAGUCAUCGUCAGCCUCAAUGGUUCAUUCCAGUUAGCUGCAUCACAACUAAAAUCAGCUACAGCUCAGCUCCUUUUUUUAGCCCGACUUUAGUCUGACUUGACUGACUGACAGCCUAAAUCAAGAGUGACUUACCUCUGACUUGGCUAAGGUCAGGGGUCGUUCUGACUCUAGUAGACCCCGUAGUUCUUCUAUGAGGAGACUCUGGGUGCGUAACUUUGUUUUUUCUUCAUCGUUUGUUGUGAGGAAAUAGCCAAGAUUUUAACAUUUUAUUUUAUUUUUAUUAUUUAUAUGGUGAAAAGUCAUGCACUUACGGUUUAUGAAGUAUCUCUGCAACGCUCUGUUAUAACUGUAUAAUAUACCCUUAAAGAACUGCUUCAAAACAUUCAUGCUAAAAGUCUAAAGUUAUAGCGUACUCCUUCUCCGUCAGUGAGUGUGCUUGUGUUCCUGAUUUCUGGUGAAAGUCUCUUUUUGGUAAGGAAAUGUUUAGAUGAUGGAAAUACAGAUAUUCUUUGUUAUUUUCUUGUCUCGGGGUUCUCUACUUUUAUUGCCUUCCACCACAACAGAAGAAUGACAAAUUCAAAAACUCUCCUGCCUUAAAGGAUAUGAGGGGAGGGGGGGGGGGGUUGACCUUUCACCUCUCACUGUCAACGUUUAGACUGUAUUUUUGUUGUAAUCUCUUAAUGCUAAACUCUAUAAUGCAUUUAGUGGGUUGAUUUUGAAGUGUUUCGGCUGUUAUUGAUUUAUUCAACUAGGGCAUUAGAAUUACUAUGUAUCUUUUAUAUUUAAUUCAUUUUCAGAAGACAAUUUCUUGUUACACUCAUAAGCACCACACUCAAUAAUAACUCAGUUUGAUCCUGGCCACUACCUGGCGCAAGGAUGUGCUAUCCUAAUGCCUUGUAAUUCACUGAUGAUAUGAGUUGUUUGGCACAUACAAUGUGUUUUUAUGACCUCCUAUGGUUGUCUCAAAUUGCACCCCUAUUCCCUAUGGGGGCCCCUGGUUAAAAGUAGUGCACUAUAUAGGGAAUAGGGUGCCAUUUGGACUACAUACACAGUGUGUGUGUGUGUGUGUGUGUGUGUGUGUGUGUGUGUGUGUGUGUGUGUGUGUGUGUGUGUGUGUGUGUGUGUGUGUGUGUGUGUGUGUGUGUGUGUGUGUGUGUGUGUGUGUGUGUGUGUGUGUGUGUGUGUGUGUGUGUGUGUGUAUUCAAGGAACUCUGUGCUGCAGCUCAUUCUCCAGUGUUGACCUGAAGGAGUAUUGUAUUGGUCACACUGAGAUGCAUUAAGAAGUAAUGUCCACAAUGAUGUCUGUCUUACUUAUCCACAACCAAAAUGGCUAAUAUCAUGUGUAACGGUAUAUAUGAUUAUAAAUAUUCCUUCAAGGUUGAAAUAAUUGUAAUCCUGUGUAUAUCUUUGAAUAUAAAUAAAACGUCAUGUGACAUUCCA